AUGCCAAAGUUGGAAAAUUGGGAAAUCAAAAAGUUCUGGGAGAUCUUCAACGGUCUUAGUCCGGCGGAUGGGAAAUUGGGUGGCGACAAAGUCAGCGCGGUGUUCAAGAACUCCCAGUUGGCCGAUGACAAACUUGCAAAAAUUUGGUCACUUUCCGACAUCGAUCAGGAUGGGAACCUUGAUUUCGAAGAGUUUUGCAUUGCCAUGAAAUUGAUCUUUGAUACUGUCAAUGGGUCGAUGAAAGAUUUACCGGAAUCGUUACCUCCAUGGCUAAUUCCUGGUUCCAAGGCCCAUUUGAUCCAGGCGAACGCCGCGGUAGGCAUGGGGAAAAACAUCGGGACCUCUGCCGACGAUGAUGAUGAAGAUGAUGGGUAUGGGAUCAGAGACAUGAAUUUCGACUGGUACAUUUCCCCAGCAGAUAAGACUACUUAUGAAAACAUUUACAACUCCGCCACCGAUCGGUUUGGCAGAGUGAAGUUUGAUGGAUUGAGUAGCUUGUACGAUGAUUUGGACGGGGUUCCAAAGACCGAUAUCUCAUCUGCUUGGAACUUGGUCAAUCCAAAACAAUUCGAAACCAUUGACAAGGACCAGUGUUUGGUAUACUUGCACAUUUUGAAUCAGCGGUCGAAAGGUAAGAAAGUCCCAAGCUCGGUGCCAGCGACCCUUAGAGCCACUUUUUCCAAAGAGGUUCCUGAUUAUAAUUUACAAUCACAACAAGAGAAAAUGCAAGCCACGGCCCAGGCAAACAAAAAGAAAGGCGGGUUUGGCGAAGGGUACCUUAGUAAAUACGGUUCAGUGAGUGAGCCGACAAAAGAAAUUGAUUAUUCUGAUGCAGAAUCCGUAGAAUGGGAAGAGGCAAGAUUAAGAAAGAAAUUGAUUGAAUUAGACAAUAAGAUCUCGAAAACCGAAAGAGAAAUAAAGUCCAAAGAGAAUGGCGGGAGCAGCACCAAAGAAACGUCUAUUACGAAAUAUGAACUCGAACAAUUAUUGAAAUACAAAGAGGGGCAAUUACGCAAGUUGAGAAGCAACAACAAUGAUCCAAGUCAUCAAUCACUUUCUAGUUUGACUGCCGAUGUCAACGAAAUUGAGCAACAAGUCAAUGUAUUGCAACAGUAUUUACAAGACAAGCAAAGAGAGUUGAGUGAAUUGAGACAGCAAGUCCAGGCAUAA